AUGGAAGACUGGGCAGCCACCACAAUUCAGUCCCAUGAUCAUCCAGUGUCUCCUGUGUUCAUUUCAUCUUCGAUUUUAUGGCAUAAUGAUCCACCAGUACUCUCAGAUAAGCUUGAGCAAGGGAAUUGUAUCACGAGACGAUUCGUGUUCAGUGCUUCCAAGCUAGCCAAUCUCAAGAACAUGGUGAAAAACUCAGAAUUAGAUAAUCCCAGUCGGGUUGAAUGUGUCAGUGCACUGAUUUACAAAUGUGCUAUGGCAGCGUCAAGUGCAAUAUCAGGUUCAUCCAGGCCAUCUAUCUUGAUCCAGCCAGUGAAUUUACGCCCGAGAAUCGUCCCACCAUUGCCUGAAAAUUCUGUUGGAAACUUUUCGUGGUUCUUUUCAAUCAUGGCUAGAGAUGAAAGUGACCAGAAGUUAGAUAAACUAGUGAGUGCCUUGAGGAAUGGAAUUGCACAACUUUUUGAUAAGUACACGAAGAAUCGAACAGCGAAUGAAUGUUACUCACUGAUAUGUGAGUCUAUCAAAGAGUCAAGAAAGGCAUUGAGCAAUAGAAGUGGUGUUCAUGUUUAUAAAUGUAGCAGUUUGUGUAGGUACCCAUUUAAUAAAAUAAAUUUUGGGCGUGGAAAGCCAGUAUGGGUGGGUACUUCUAGCAGUUUGAUCAAGGAUACAUUUCAUUUGGUGGAUGCUCUGGAAGAGGGUGGUAUAGAAGCUUUGGUGACUCUGGAAGAGAAAGAAAUGGCCAUUUUCGAACGCGAUCAAGAGCUUCUUGCGUUUGCUUAUUUGAAUCCUAGAGCUUUAGAGAAUGUAUGUGUGCCUGUUGAUGUUUGA